UUAGGAAAUCCAAAUGUCCUUUAUAUUAAAGUAAAGAACUAAAACGCUAAUGUUAUCACCUCAACCUUGACUUGUGAGAUCUUUUUCAGUGCCCAUACUCUAUUUAUUUAUACGACACACCGAUAAAAGCAAAGUUAAUUAUGUACCCAUCCCACAUACGACAUACCCAAAAUGAAGUUCACCAUUCUUAUCAUCUUCUUUGUGUUUCCCAUUGCAUUUGCUGACCUAAGAGUUGGAUUCUAUAGCUCUAGUUGCCCAAGAGCAGAGGAAAUUGUACGUCAAGUUGUUCAGAGGAAUUUCAACCAAGACAGAACCGUUACCGGUGCCUUGCUUCGUAUGCACUUCCAUGACUGCUUUGUCAGAGGUUGUGAUGCGUCCAUAUUGAUAGACUCAACGAAGGGGAACUCAUCGGAGAAAGACGCGGGAGCAAACGGCACCGUUAGAGGAUUCGAGGUAAUUGACGAAGCCAAGAGAAUCUUAGAAAGACUGUGUCCUUCGACGGUCUCAUGCGCCGAUAUCAUAACCCUGGCCACACGGGAUUCGGUCUCCAUGGCGGGUGGGCCCAGAUACGACGUCGCUACGGGGAGGCGCGACGGGCUCGUCUCCAGAUCCUCCGAAGUGAACCUUCCCGGGCCGGGAUCCAGUGUUUCGCAGGCCUUGCAAGUGUUCACUGCAAACGGCAUGUCGUUGGACCAAAUGGUGACCCUCCUGGGCGCCCACACGGUCGGUGUGGCCCACUGCAGUUUCUUCCGAGACAGGCUCGGUGACCCCAACAUGGACCCGUCUUUGCGGGCCGUGUUGGGCCGGAUAUGCAGGCCCACGGGGAGGAACCCGACGGUGUUCUUGGACCAGAACACGUCGUUUGUGUUUGACAAUGAGUUUUAUAAGCAGAUUGUUUUGAAGAGAGGGGUGCUUUUCCUUGAUCAACAAUUGGCGUUGGACCCUUCGUCUAGAGGGUUGGUGUCCUCUCUUGCGGGGGAUGAUGCGGGUUUUAGGAGGAGUUUUGUUGAUGCUAUUGUGAAGAUGGGGAACAUUAGGGUUUUGGUGGGGAAUGAUGGAGAGAUUAGGAGAAAUUGUAGGGUUUUUAAUAGCCCUUUUUAGCCACAGGAUUCAUGUGUUUCUCUGAUUGAUUGGUGUUUCAAUUGAUUGGUUCAAUCAUCAUGUUGAUGUGCAGGGAUAUUCGGUUUAAUAAAAUUGCAUUAUGAGGGUUAGCAAAUGACUUA